AUGGCUGCUAUAACUGCUGUCUCUGAUUUAAAACCGUUCAAGACUAUGUGGAAGAUUAGGGUCAAGAUCAUAAGUUUGUGGAAGCAGUAUUCUGCAGCCGGUGGCUUAACCAUUGAGAUGGUGCUAAUCGAUUCUAACGGUGUUAAGAUUAACACUUCUGUGAAAAAAGAUCUGGCUCAUCAAUUUGAUUCAUUCCUGACACAAGGAAGUUCAAAGAUUCUCCUAAACUUUUCACUCAACCCCUCUUACGGUUCAUACCGGACAACCAUACAUCCAUACAUAAUUGGUUUUCUAUGGAUAACACGUGUGAAAAGUUGUGACGAUUUGCCCGAAGCCCUAACCGGUUUUGAACCAGUCAACUACAUGGAAAUUCUAGAUGGUACACUCUCUACGGACUAUUUGGUUGAUGUAAUUGGUCAGAUUGUUGAAUUGACCCCAAUUGAAGUAGUAUCAGCUAAUGGGAAAGAAACUCAUAAACUGACUGUGGAGCUUCGUAAUGAAAAGGAUGAACGGCUUUCAAUGGUGUUGUGGGGUAACUUUGCUACUGAUGUAAGUGAUGCUAUUCAAGGACGUGGUGACAAUGCGAUCAUUUGUGUUUUUGAGAUUCCAGAAAUCGAUGCUUUCAGAAAGAGGAUUGCAAACCAGGAGUUCUAA